ACUUUUGUUAUACCGGUAUAACAGGUUUAAAGUUAAAACUUCUGCUGCACGAUUUUUAAACGCGGGAAAAUAUUUCUUUUUGUUUAAUUCUGUAUAUAUAUAACAUUGAAUCUCACAUUUGAAAAUCAUUUGAUUCGGGAGAGACGCUUUAUUUGCAAACGAACCAACGAACGUUUGAAAUUUAACGUGGUCUUGGCAAACAGAAAACAGGAUGGUGAAGAUUAGAAUGGAGUUGGUAUCCAAAUGGUCUUUCUUGGUAACUCUAUUGAUGUUAUUUUCCUCGCCUAGUCACAGCCUUUCUCCGGAUCAAAAACAACAAGUUACUGUUGGCCUUGAACUCGGAAAAGGGAUAGCGGAAAUGCUUGAAAAGAAGGAAUUCAGAAAUUCUUUAACAAAGAUCGCAAAAAAUAUUGGUCCCUACCUUGGCGCAUUGGGUCCAUUUAUAGGGGUCGUCAUGGCGUUCAUUCCAUCAGAGUCUGAUGAGUUGGCUUACAUGAAAACUAUGAUGAGUAAUAUCGACAAUCGUUUGGAUCAAUUUGAUACUCGAUUUGACGACGUCGAACGAUUGAUUCAGUGGAAUACUGUUGAAAUAAACUUUGGGCAACUAGAACAAAGGAUCAAGGCAGUUUCGCACCAGUUAGAAAUUGUUUAUUCUGUUCCGUCGGCUGCUGUGCCAAACAGGAAGCUAAUAUUUAUUGAUAAUUAUGAUAGUGAUUAUCAGAAUAGUGGCUUAAAAUUAUAUCAAGCCAUCGUCGCACAGCAUAAAAUCCAAAAACAAUUGGGUACUCAAGUUUUGAGUUAUACCGAAAAUGACCGAGCGAAGACGCAAAUAUUUCUACUCGGUGUAAUGCAACUUCUCUUGCAAGCUGUAAAAGUUGAAUUGGGCUAUCUUCUAGUAAAACAAUUUACAUACAAUGCAAAUUAUAUGACGACUGAUUGGGAAAAUAAGAUAAAAGAAGUGAAAGUAAAGUUCGAUCAAAUUGACAACCAGUGCACAGAUGCAUAUCACUCCCAAUGCGGAAAGGAUAUCGACGCAUACGCUGCUUCUAAUAGUGGUCAGACAAGUAGUCAAUUUGCCGCUGGACUAUUUAGUCUCCUUUCCGGGAAAUACUACUGGAGGGACUGGAUUGUUCUCGCCUAUAACCCCAUAAGUGGUGGUAGCCUUCAUUAUGUAGGGGUUAGUGGAGGACACAUAAAAUUUAGAAAAAAUGGUAGAAACAUUGUAGUUGGUAGUGUGGACAACAGCCGUGCAGUCAUGGGUAAAACACAAGCUGAGAAUAAUAUGAAUAGUCUAGUCGAGACGAAAAGAGUUUGUGGUUAUUGGAAAUGUAAAACUGUACUUAAAUCUGCAGAAGAAAUUUUUAAUUCCAUAAGUAGAAGCGGUUCCUCAUUUUUUAGUGUCGUAAGAAAUUCGAAUAAUGCUCAUUUUCAUUACCACACCAGAAGAGCAAAAUUCGUCCAAAGAAGAUAUUUUCAUCUCAUGAUGUGGGGUUGAACGAUUUUAGGUUGAACUCACAAAGUGGUAUUGUCACUCCCUGAUCAAAUAAAAAAAUAGAAUUCAA